UCUCUCUCUCUCUCUCUCUCUCUCUCUCCGUCUGUCCGUCUCUCUCUCUAGCGUCGUCGUCUUCUUGCUCCUCCUUCCUUUGUCUCUCUGCUUUCGCAAUCUCCAUCAAUCGAAUCCGCGCCGAGAUAUUUCAUCCCCCCCGCCCCCUCCCUUUGGCGCCGAUCGUCGCCCGUGAAACCGAUAUGCGUCGACGUCGCUCGCCACAGCCGCGGACGAGCUCGCUCGAGCGAUUUCAGACCUCCUCCUCCUCCUCCUCCUCCUCCGCCACUGCUCCGCGGCGGUAGCGGCAGUACGAUCGGCUCCGUCCUUGUCGCUCUCGCCCUUGUCUCUUUGCGCCGGAAGGUUCGCUGCGGGAAAAUCUAUGGACUUCGGGUAGCGAGUGGCCUCGCGUUGUUGCUUCCUUACGUUCCCUUUUUAACUCUCUCUCUCUCUCUCUCUCUAGCACCUGAUUUUGCUCGGAUUGAGUGCCGGCCUUCGAGUUUCUCCCGGAGCAACCAGAGGGGCGCGUACAUGGGACUGGGCUCGAACGGCUCAGGAGGAGGCAUAGGAGGAGCUGAAGAAGCAUCGGGAGGAGUGCGCGCGCGGUCGCGAUGGGGUCGCAGUCGGCUCUGAUUGAGCAGUCGUUCGAUGGUCGCUACUCGCGCUCGGUGCGCGAGGCGCUCGACGAAUUGCCCGACAGCUUCACCAUCACCGACCCUUGCAUUGGCGGCCACCCGAUCGUGUUCGCCAGCCCCGGGUUCCUGAAGAUGUCCGGCUACUCGAGGGAGGAGGUCAUCGGUCGCAACGGGAGGAUCUUCCAGGGCCCCGGGACGGACCGGCGGUCGGUGAUGGAGAUUCGGGAGGCGAUACGCGAGGAGAGGCCGAUACAGAUCAAUCUGCUCAACUACCGCAAGGACGGGACGCCGCUGUGGAUGCUGUUCCACAUGAUCCCCGUGUUCGAUCGGGACGGCGGGGCGGUCGCGCAUUUCGUGGCGGUUCAAGUGCCGAUAUCGAGGCCUCGGAGGCGGUCCUGCGCUGCUAAUUGGAGGAAUGGGGUGAACCUGAGUGGGGAGGUUGGUGGUGGUUUGAGGGAUGUUUUGUUGGGCUCUUGUAGGAGGGAAGUGUGUUCGGACAGUCUGGCGGAAUUGGGUCAUGUUUCGGCGUUUGGUUCGGUUUUGGAUUCAGAUAGCAGAGGAGUAGAGGCAGAAGAGCCUUGUGAGGCAAGUGAUUCGGAGAAGCGAAGGGCUGCUUCCGCUAUCGGCGACAUUAUGUCGGUGCUUACUCGCUACAGUGAAUCGACUGGCAGACUGGUUUGCGGGAAAAGAUUCUUUUGUCCCGGAUCCAGUCUUCUCAGUUCAUCCGUAAUUAUAUCUCUUGGUAGAAUCAAACAAAGCUUUGUAUUAACUGAUGUGCACUUACCAGACAUGCCCAUUGUUUACGCAAGCGACGCCUUCUUAAAAUUGACCGGGUACUCUAGGCACGAAGUGUUGGGGCGAAACUGUAGAUUCUUAAAUGGGAUGGAUACGGACUCAUCAACUCUAUUUCAGAUUAAGGAAUGCAUUCGGAUCAGACAACCAUGCACAGUACGUAUUUUGAAUUACAGGAAGGAUGGAAAUUCGUUCUGGAAUCGACUCCACAUAUCACCUGUUCGUAAUGCUUCUGGCAAGAUUGCAUAUUUUGUGGGUGUUCAGAUCGAAGAGGAUUGCGAAAACCAGGGCGGAGAUGCACUGAGCCCUGAAAUGAGGCAACGUAGCACUGUUGGUGCGGUGAAGGUUGCAUUGAGGACAAUGUCAAUUGGUGCUGGCACUUCAAGAUCAUAGUACAACGAAACGACCUUUCGCCUAUACAUGGUUCAAGUUACGUUCUCUACCAUCCCAGUUAGUAGUGAGUGAACUUCAAGUAUCUUGUUCUGGGGUUGCAGCUAGUCUAGUAGCCAGAUAACGUCAAGGUGGGAUUGUCACGUAAGGGCAACCCUUGUCAUAUGGAGAUUGUUUGAUAUAUGAAAAUGCUUCAAUUAACAAGUUGAACGACCUAA